AUCAGCCUGGAACUCCAAUAUUCUUCUCCGGCAUUGCAACCGUCGUUACCAAACCACAUCCGCGGUGGCCGGAGGGGGUCAAUUAACACAAAUCCGUAAAAUUCACGACUUUUCACAGAUUGAGAUUUUCUCAAACCGAAUCAACAAUUCGAAUAUCACCAAACGCUAACACAAUGUUCCCCAAACGAAAACCUCAUUCCCGAUUCCCACUCAUCCCCGUUUCCCUCCUUAUCACGUUCUUUUCCUUUCUCAUCCUUUAUCACUAUUACAUGAAACGCAAUUCUCGUAUCAAUGAAUUCUCCCAAAUUUCACAUUCACUUCAAUGCUCCUCCCAAGCCUUGACAUUAACCGAGAAAUUCAUGUGGUAUGCACCUCACAGUGGAUUCAGCAACCAGCUUUUGGAAUUUAAACACGCUGUUUUGAUUUCAGGGAUACUUAAUCGAACUUUGGUUGUUCCUCCUGUUUUGGAUCACCAUGCUGUUGCGCUAGGUAGUUGUCCUAAGUUUCGGGUCGUGGAACCGAAUGAUAUGAGGAUUUCUGUUUGGGAUCAUAUCGUUGAACUUAUUCGGGAUGGAAGGUAUAUCUCCAUUGCUGAGGUUAUAGAUAUCUCAUCUUUAGUUUCUUCUAGUCUUGUUCGGGUUAUUGAUCUUAGGGAUUUUGUAUCCAUAUGGUGUGGCAUCAGCUUAGAUUUGGCUUGUUAUAAUGAUUCAAAGUCGCAGUCCUCCGCUUCUAAAAGCCUUAAGCAAUGUGGAUCUCUGCUAGCAGGGUUUGGUGGGAAUAUCGAAAAGUGUAUUUAUGCGAUCAAUGAAGAUUGCAGAACUACAGUAUGGACUUACCAUACAGAUGGUCGUGAGAACGGCGUGUUAGAUUCAUUCCAACCUGAUGAGCAGCUAAAGAAGAAAAAGAAAAUAUCAUAUGUUAGGAGACGGAGGGAUGUAUUUAGGAUGCUUGGACCUGGUUCUGAAGCUGAAUCAGCUUCAAUGCUAGCUUUUGGAAGCCUUUUCUCUGCUACAUACAAAGGUUCCGAGUCAUAUGUUGAUAUUCGCGAAUCACAUCAGGACCAGAGGUUUUUAUCUUUGAUGGAGAAGGUUAAGUUUCUUCCAUUUGUCCCAGAAAUUAUGAAUGCCGGAAAGGAGUUUGCUAAAGCAACCAUAAAAGCUCAAUUUUUUUGUGCACAACUUAGGUUGCUGGAUGGGCAGUUUAAGAAUCAUCAUAAGUCUACGUUUGACGGGUUAAGACAAAAAUUAGAGUCUUUGAGGCAGAAAGGCCCUCUGCCCGUACAUGUUUUUGUAAUGACUGAUCUUCCUAGAGAUAAUUGGACUGGUACCUAUUUAGGUGAUUUAACCAGUGAUGCACAUAACUAUAAGUUGCAUUUCUUAAGAGAAGGUGAUCAGGUGGUUAUACAAGCAGCUAAAAAACUAACUGCAGCGGGUUACGGAGAGAGAUUUAUUCCAAAUUCAGAGUCUAGAAUUGGUAAUAAGUAUUGUUCGAAUCAGAGAUUGCCUGAUGUACUUCUUUAUGUUGAGCAGGCUGUAUGCAGUUGUGCAUCUCUUGGUUUUAUUGGAACUCCUGGAUCAACCAUUGCUGAAAACAUAGAACUGAUGAGAAAAUUUGGCUCUUGUUCUACGUGAAGUUGACAACUUUGGAAAAUAGUUUUUAUUGUCAAGUACUAAAUCCUAUUGGAAUGAUGGAUAGCUAGUCUAAUCACGAUAUACCAGGAAAUGAGUGCACAAACCUUGUUUUCCGUCAUCUAUUCUCUUCCCAAGUUUUGAAAACUAGUCAGCUUUGCCAAGCCAUAGUCAUUUAUUAUGAGGCACUGGACGGUCAAGGGAUUUAAAAAUCUACUAUGGCUGUUUUGACCCAGAAAAUAAGGCGCUCUUAUCUCCUGAUUGAAAGACUUUCUUUGUCCAAUUGAAAAUUAUUUUGUUUGCAAUAAAGAAGCACUUAGAGAGCGCAUAGAAACAAAUUCAAGCAAAAUGAGAGCAGUUCCUUAUUGCUGAAAACAUACACGGGCUUUUACACAAAAAUAGCUUGUACGGACUGGCACUACCAAAAAUAAUGAAUUAGGGAGGCAAGAGUAGCUCAAACAACAUAGACAAACUUUACAUUUUGUGUGAUGUCUGUUACAAAUUCUUCCUGCAAAGUAUAUGCUAAAUCCCUGCUUCUGCAAUUCUUUGAUUCUACUAUUUGUAUGUUCUGUGCUAAUUUAAAUAGUUAUUCUUAUAUGUGCGUCUCCAAUUCUCCCUUAUAUUUUUGUUGGGAACAAUAUACCUUACAUGCAUGUUUUAAGUUCUGCGCAGUGUUUGACCAAAUGUUGCCUACUACAUAUUGUUAAGAUAUUUUAAUCCAAUUGAAACUAUUCUUAGGAUUUUUUAUGAAACUGUUUUCAUUGCAUGAUUAUUGUAGGUAUGAAAGGUGGAAACAUUUGUUGAUUUUUACUUUGGUUUGUUUAGACGUAACCCUUGAUAGUUUCAGACGUCCAUUCUCGCUAAAAGCCUGCAAUGCAUUCCUUUCCUUUUAUCAGUAGGUUUAAUUAGACUUUUACUUUGUCUUUGCAUUCCUUUCCUUUUAACUUAGCCUCUACACGAAACUGUUCGUUGUCCUUCCACUACAAUGUUUAAAAGUCAUUGGUUGAUUACUUGGUUAGUUGAUGAUGCAGAGGGGUGAAUGGUCCAAAAAUGUACUUUACUUUAUCUGAUACCCCAUAAACUGUUGUUGUCUUAAACACAUUACAUAAUCUGAAUUUAUAGUUUGUAUGUACAAUGCUGUGUUAUAUUAAAAGGAAAUUGCUCCAUCCAUCCUAAGUGGUGGAGAGCCACACUAUAGAAACCUAACCUAUUUGGAAAUAUAUUUUUGAACGCAUUUCAUAAAUACCAUAUCCUUUCAUAUCCUUUCAUAAGGUAUAGAAAUCAGAAAAUGUCUCCUAACAUUUACAAGAGGGAUUAUGCACUUUUUGCAAGUCACUUGUGU